AUGGAGGGCUGUGGGGCUGCAGUUGAUGCUGGUGCUGUGGGCCACCGCCCGACUAGGAGGAGGAGCCAGAAGCCGUACAAAGGCAUAAGGAUGCGCAAGUGGGGAAAGUGGGUUGCGGAAAUUAGAGAGCCUAAUAAAAGAUCAAGAAUCUGGUUGGGAUCUUACUCCACCGCUGAGGCGGCUGCUAAAGCCUAUGACACGGCGGUGUACUAUCUCCGUGGCCCCACCGCCAAACUCAACUUCCCUGAUGAAAUCUCUGCCGUAGAGCCAAAAGACCUCUCCGCAGCCGCUAUAAGGGAAAAGGCGGCGGAAGUCGGCGCCCGAGUUGAUGCACUCUAUACUAACAAUUUCUCUGCUGCUGGUAAAUUUGGACAAGAGGAGCAUGCAAACAAAUCCCUCAAACCUUCUUGGUUUCAAGAGAUUGUUGAUCUCAACAAGAAGCCCGAGCCCGAAGAUUCAGAUGUUGAUUAUUGGUGA